GAGAGAAAGAGAGACGAAAAAACAAAAUGUGUCCUUCCGGCAGAACUUCGAGCUGGGGAUUGGAGGGAGUGUGUACAGAUUUCCGGCCAGCAUUCGACCUGUUGGACGUGGACAGGGACGGAAAGAUCAGUCUAGAUGAUCUCCGAAAGUUCUAUUCAAGCUUCUUCUUCUCCGGCGCUAACAUUACUAGUGAUGAGGAUAUCGAUUCUAUGAUAUCAGUUGCAGAUUCCAACAAAGAUGGUUUUGUUGAAUACGAUGAGUUCGAGCGAGUUCUAAUUCCUCCUUCCCAAUUCCAAUCUGGAGAUAAAUAUGUGAUGGAGGAUAUGUUCAAGGUUAUGGAUAGAGAUGGCGACGGCAAGGUUGGGUUUGAUGACCUUAGGACUUACAUGAACUCUGCCGGAUUUCCGGCCGGCGACCAGGAUGUGAAGGCUAUGAUUAGAUUGGGCGGUGGAGAUGAAAAUGAUGGGAUUUCUUAUGAGGGUCUGCACAAGAUACUAACCCUCGAUCUCGAUCUCGCCGGGAAGUAG